CGGCCAUCUCGCCACAUUUCGUCGAAGCCUCCCGAUCAAAGCGGACUUGUGUUUUGUCACUCAAACUAAAGGAUUACAGGCGAUUAUGUCGACGGACGAUUUCCAAACCAAGUACGCAUCCUUUAUGGACGGACUAGUUAAGAAUACGAUAGCAGAAACGACCAACCUUUUCGAAACGCUGGUGGACGAAUUAAAGGCAGAGUUAGCGAAGGUGAAGACGGAGAACGAGGCCCUGAAAACAACAUGCAGACAAAUGGCGGAUGCGAUUACCAUUGCGAGCGGUGUACGUGGCCGUCCGGGGACGCGGGAUGGAGCCGUUCAGUGCGACCUUCUUUCUGGCCAUCUUUUGGUGAUUGAGCAACCAGAAGAACAAGACAAACAAUAUAAUGAAGAGGAUAUGGUGUACAUCCUGCUAAAUGACUUCGACGUUGACGCCGCAAAAGAAGGAAAUUCAAACCUGUCAGUUGCACUUCCAAAUCACGAGGAUUCUGAACCCACUGUAGUCAGCAGUGACAUAUUGUAUGCAGUUGCAGGUCUACCACCAACCUCAGCUUGUGAAAAUGGAACAGAAGACCCCAAGAGCCAUCAAUGUUCAACUGGAGAGCUCAGAAGAAGCCAUUACACUCAAGGGACCACAGUUUACCCCACUUUGGAAGAGAAUCACAAUUUACACGAGGCACAAAAUCUGUCAAUAGAGCCAGUAAAUCAUCUUAGCCCACUUACUGCAGUAGGUGAUAAUAUGCAAAUGGUAUUGGAGCAACCAUCAAGAGGUCAUGAACAAGCAGAAAAAGCAGAGGAACAGAAUGUCGAGCCAACACUGCGGAACAUACAAGUAGGAGAACAGAUCAAAUGUGGCUUGAUGGAAGAGAAGACCAAGUGUGAAACAGAAGGGCAAAUAAACAAAAACAGAAAACAAAGAAAACAGCCCUCACAAAAAGUGAAACGCCUACAAAAGACCCCAAAGGAAACACGUUUGUUACCCUCAGCUGGUGCUGAUGGUGCAUUACAUGAUGAAGUGAAGAAUCCACCUCCCUGCCAAAAUGCUUCAUUACCACAAGCACUGUCGCAUCCACCUGGGAUAUGUAGCAGCUCUGUAAUGCUCCAGGACGCAUUGCUACUCGUUGAAGCAAUGGAUCAGUCAAAGAGUGAAUCCUCACCACAAGAAAAGGCAACAGCCCAAGACCAGUGUCCUCUCUCUGUUGCUACCUUACCUUCUGUGGUGGAAUCUCCACUACUUACCCCAGCAUUGCCAUCACAGUCACCACCGACUGCCAGUGUAAGUGACAAGGGUGCAGAAGAGGUGUCAACAAACCAGGCACUUUUUGUCACUUAUACAACCAACUCCAGCAAUUCUCACUCCCACGUUAGUGUUCCUACAGCGCACCAACAAAAACACGGUGUUGGUUCUUCCGGCAAUACAUCGACAUCAUUGUUGACUGCUACAGCAGGCAAAUCGCUUGAGCAGCGCGCUCCCCAUCCUCCGAGUGGAUUGGCAGAACCAUUAGAGACAACGAUGGGCCCAGACCCCGCCCCCAAGAAAAUCUUUGUUUUUUCCAAAUCACCAUCCACUCAUCCACAAGAACCAAUUGCCCCGCUGUCCCCAAACCAGAUCUCAGCUGUUGUGUCAACAGUUGCUGCUCAAAGCAAAAAUGAUGUUACCUCCACAACAGCUGCCCCCCGUGUUAUGUCUGACACAACAAUCAGCUCAACAGAACAAAGGGCACACCCAACACCGUGCAAAAAAAUCAAAAUAAUCAUUCACAGAGCUACAGGUCUUGUGGCAAGCCAACCACAAAUGUCCGAGACACUAGUUGCACCUAUCAACCAGAAUUCAGUGGGACCAGCUGUCACCGUGUCACCAUCGCAACACCCAAACACAGGUGCUCAAGUGACUUCCGAUAAAAAAGAAACCCCAUUGCCAACUGAACAGAUAACACCUUCGUCAUCAUCGCAGCACCCAAAUACAGGUGCUCCAAUGGCUUCCGAUGAAAAGGAAACCCCAUUGCCAAAUGAACAGACGUCCCCAUUGUCACACCCGCAACUGGAAUGUUCGUCACAGCAAACGAGCGUUUGUGAAAGCUUAAAAGUAACUCCUGGGGAACAAGCAGCAGCAUUGUCAACCGAGAGUGUACCGAUAAACCGUUUUCCACUCGUCCCAGUAAUCAGACUGAAAAGGCUGCCAUAUCCGGCUUUGUCCACUGGAUCAUUUUUGGUUUCACAACUUUCUUCUCAUGAAAGGGAAUCAGACGUUGUGCCGCCAGACAGCACCUCGUCUUUGACCAACGACCAGGCAUCAGAGCCAACAGUCUGUCCGACAGAAGUGCCUCCAUUAUUAACCAGGAAGUGUUCCAAUUUAAAAGAAACUUUAAAUCCCUCCUCAACAUCAGAGAAGGCAUCACCAUGCUCCACUUUGGAAGAGGCACCAGCCACUGGUUUGUCACCCAGUGUGUCUGAACCAAUCUUGGCGAAAACAACAAUAGAAUUUGGCAAGGCUGAGUUGUCAGGUGUAUCUGACCAAGAAUGUGAAACCUGCACUCUGGAUGAGGAAAUAAUCGACGAUGCAGAGCAGGGCUAUUCGGCUACCGCUGUGCAAUUAACCCCCAUCGCAAAGGACUUACCUGAACCUCAUUUACAAUCGAGCAAAACUCAGUUCAUUGCGCAGUUGGCAAUUUCACCUGUGAUUCAAGAAGCCGACAAGGUACUAGCAAAUGAGUCUCCAGAUGCCCAAAGUUUGCGCGAAGGGACCAAUACCGACAGCAGGAGAAAGCUACAGAAAAAAUCCGUUUUUGCUCGUCUCGGAAUUCACCUCAAAAAGCACUCUCGUGCUAAAAGAGCAACAACAAAAGCAUGUAUGCCUGAAAGUCCCAAGAAACCCAGAUUAGAGAAUGUUAGUACGACUGAGCAAGAUUCUACCCUUGAGCCGAGUCCUGUUUCCACAAACACAGCCAGUCCCUUAAGUCCUACAGGGCAACUAACAGAAAUCGAGUUUCUCCAAGUAAGUCUCAGAAAUCAACAGAGUACAGACAUCAGUUACACUGAAAGGACGAGUACAUGUGAGCCUGUUUCUGUUAGGCUCCCGAAAGCCAGUCGUAAGUUUGUGUAGGCU